AUGGCUACUACCCAGUUUACUGCCCUCAUACGGCUUCCCUUUUCACGCGGCAGCUUUGUAGAUCCACCGCAAGCACAGUGGGACGCUGAGAAGGACCGCCAGUUAUGGAAGGUCAUCUCCAAAUCAUCCAAGACGAGUGACCUCAACUGGGUUGAACUAGCUUCUAAAUUCCAAGUGCCUCCAACGUUUCUGCUGCAGCAAGCAGCAUGGCUGUAUGAACGGCAUUUCGAGCAUGUUCGCAACCAGAUGAAGAAGGUCAGCGGUUCCACCAUCACCGCGCCUACUGCCUCCGGUGGCGGAAGUACGCUCACGCCUGUUGGUGGCUUUGCAAUGCAGAGAGCUGGCAGUGGUGGUGCUGGACCUCGGACAACCUCAGCCCUAUCUGGUCACUCCAGGAACAGCCCAAGUCUCGGUAUGCAAGAUGCUGUCGAGCCCGUCUCGACUCUGACCAGGACGCCUUCGACGACGACUAUCACGCAGUUUCGCGCUCAGACUCAGCAACUACCCACCCGGACGCUCUCUGCACGAUCAACGCAACGACCUAACCUUGUUAGACCUGCCAAAGAUGAUCGAUCUGUCUCUCCAAGAACGGCGGCCCACACGACACAGCAAGAACCUCCGGAAUCUCCCGAGAUCCCUGCCUCAUCAUCGUCGAGCUCAUCAUCGCUGUCCGACGCCGAUCAUCCUGCCCAUCGUAGCCAGCUAUUCAAGAGACCACCACGCUUCCAGCAGAAACGACCUCGCGAACUAGCCCCGUUCGCGGAAGGUGAUGGCACUCUGGAAGGGGACGAGGCAGGAUCACAGGGUACCACUAUGCUGCCAUUCGCAUCCGCCGCCCUACGAACGCCAGUUGCAUCGAGACAGAGCCAACCCGAACAGAGAACGCGACUUGUAGAUCGACGGAGAGGGAGUCCAUCAGUUAAGCAGAGCAGCCCGCAUUCUCAAGUAACAACGGAAACAGCUUCCUCCAUGACGAGCUCUGCUAGCGAUGCGCCUUCUGGUCCUGGGGCUGCUGCAAAGAGUCCUGUGAGCCCUGACUUCAAUCACCGCGCUGCAAUGGCGAAUCUUGGAAGCCCGAGAACUCAGGCGUUGAGGCGCAAGGAGGGAAGCGAAGGUACUCCUAGCAUGGGUAGCAGCUUCAGUGACAUUGAUGAUGCGGGCAUCAGCCAGUCGGCCUUGGAAGAAGCUUUACUCAGCAAUAUGCAACACGGUAGGAUGAGUACACUCAGCAGGAUGUCGUAUGCUUGGAAGCAGUAG